UGCGACAUUUGUAGCCGGCUGCUAUUGAAAAAGCGACCAUCUCUAGGAAGCAAGACUAGGCAAAAGCGAAUAUUUGUUUUUUUUUUUGUGACGGCAAUUAAAUAAAUUAAUCAAAAAUGCCGCGAAUUAUGAUCAAGGGCGGCGUGUGGCGCAACACGGAGGAUGAGAUUCUCAAGGCGGCGGUAAUGAAAUAUGGCAAGAACCAGUGGAGCCGAAUUGCCUCGCUGCUACACAGGAAGUCCGCCAAACAGUGCAAAGCCCGCUGGUACGAGUGGUUGGAUCCCAGUAUCAAGAAGACCGAAUGGUCCCGCGAGGAAGAUGAGAAGCUGCUGCAUUUGGCCAAGCUGAUGCCGACGCAGUGGCGGACCAUCGCCCCGAUUAUUGGACGCACGGCAGCCCAGUGCUUGGAGCGCUACGAGUACUUGCUAGACCAAGCUCAGCGCAAGGAGGAUGGCGAGGACACCAUGGAUGAUCCGCGCAAGCUAAAGCCGGGCGAAAUUGAUCCCAAUCCAGAGACCAAGCCGGCUCGUCCCGAUCCCAAGGAUAUGGAUGAGGACGAGCUGGAGAUGCUGUCUGAGGCCCGAGCCCGUCUGGCCAAUACGCAGGGAAAGAAGGCCAAGCGCAAGGCGCGCGAGAAGCAGCUGGAGGAGGCGCGUCGGUUGGCCACGCUCCAGAAGCGACGCGAAUUGCGCGCCGCCGGCAUUGGAAGCGGAAAUCGCAAGCGCAUCAAGGGCAUCGACUACAACGCAGAGAUUCCCUUCGAGAAGCGUCCUGCCCUGGGCUUCUACGAUACCGCAGAGGAACACCUCCAAAAGAAGGAGCCGGACUUCAACAAGAUGAGACAGCAGGACUUGGAUGGGGAGCUGCGCUCUGAGAAGGAGGAGCGCGAACGUAAGCGCGAUAAGCAAAAGUUGAAGCAGCGCAAGGAGAACGAGGUGCCCACAGCCAUGCUUCAGAAUAUGGAGCCGGAGCGGAAGCGCUCCAAGCUCGUCCUGCCCACACCGCAGAUUUCUGACACUGAGCUGCAGCAGGUGGUCAAGCUGGGUCGGGCCAGCGAGAUGGCCAAGGAGAUCGCCGGCGAGAGCGGCAUAGAGACAACAGACGCCCUGCUAGCAGACUACUCGAUCACACCACAGGUAACGGCCACACCGCGCACGCCGGCUCCCUACACCGACCGCAUCAUGCAGGAGGCCCAGAACAUGAUGGCCCUCACCCACACGGAGACACCGCUUAAGGGCGGUCUUAACACUCCGCUGCACGAGUCCGACUUCUCCGGCGUCCUGCCCAAGGCGGCCUCUAUUGCCACACCCAACACGGUGAUUGCCACGCCAUUCCGUACGCAACGCGAGGUCGGAGCAGCCACUCCCGGAGGAUUUCUCACGCCCUCGUCUGGUGCCCUGGUUCCGGUAAAGGGUGCCGCAGCCCCUGGGACCGUCAACACACCGGCUUAUGUGCGUGAUAAGCUGAGCAUCAACUCCGAGGAGAGCAUGGGCGUUACCGAGACCCCGGCCGUGUACAAGAACUACCAGAAGCAGCUCAAAUCCACACUACGGGAGGGUCUGUCGACUCUGCCCGCUCCGCGCAACGACUACGAGAUCGUGGUGCCAGAGCAGGAAGACAGCGAGCCCAUGGAGGUCAGUACGGAACCCGCCGUUGAAGAUCAAGCAGACGUCGACGCCCGCCUGCUAGCCGAGCAGGAGGCGCGUCGGAAGCGGGAGCUGGAGAAGCGCUCGCAAGUAAUCCAGCGCAGCCUCCCGAGGCCAACCGAAGUCAACACCAAGAUCCUGCGUCCGCAGUCCGAGAAGCAGAACCUCACGGAGCAGCAGCAGGCCGAGGAGCUAAUUAAACAUGAGAUGAUCACGAUGCAGUUGUACGACUCGGUAAAGGAUCCCGUGCCGGGACAGUCGCAACACAAACUGGAGCAGCUACAGAGCUACUUCAAGGCCAAUCCCUACGAGGACAUCUCCCAGCAGGAGCUGGCCAAGGCCAGACAGAUGCUCAACGAGGAAAUGGAAGUAGUCAAGGAACGCAUGUCGCAUGGCGAGUUGCCGUUGGACGUCUACGCUCAGGUGUGGCAGGAGUGCCUCGGCCAGGUGCUUUAUCUGCCCUCGCAGCACCGCUAUACACGGGCCAAUCUGGCCAGCAAGAAAGAUCGGCUAGAGUCUGCCGAGAAGCGCCUGGAGACGAACCGCCGGCACAUGGCCAAGGAGGCCAAGCGCUGCGGCAAGAUCGAGAAGAAACUCAAAAUCCUUACUGGCGGGUAUCAGGCGCGGGCCCAAGUGCUAAUCAAGCAGCUCCAGGACACCUACGGUCAGAUCGAACAGAACAUCGUUUCGCUGUCCACAUUCCGCUUCCUGGGCGAACAGGAGGGCAUCGCUGUGCCGCGUCGCCUAGAGUCGCUUCAGGAUGAUGUGCGUCGCCAGAUGGACCGCGAGAAAGAGUUGCAGCAGAAGUACGCAAGCCUGGUGCAGGAGCGCGACUCCCUCUACUCGCAGAUCGAAGCCAUUACAGGCGUUCGCCCCACGGCCCAGCAGCUUCUGCCCGAGAAGGAAUAAAUAAGAGCUUCGUUAGUUCAGCAUCCGCACUUUAAGCUCAGCCUCAACUUAACCAAAGUUUGAGCCAGAUCUAGAUUCUUUGCUUCUUCGCUUUGAUUUGAAACUUGAACUGGAAACCCAACCCCUGACAUUAUUGUAAAAGUAUGAAGAUUUGGACUGGGCGAGCGGCGAGAACAGUUUCUUAACAAAUAUACUUUAAAGUUUAA